UAUGCUGUGCCAGCUGAAGGAGGAGGGCAUGAUUCUGAAGACACUCGGGAUGAACUAUACCUGCCCUGUUUCCCAGCUGGAGUUCCAACUUGUGUCGGUGCGCACAUGUACCAGCUGUGGGCGCGAGUCGUCUACCAGAGAGGACUACAACCACCUCUCAUUGGACUUCAGCCCUGAGCGCACCUUGCUGAGCAGCCUGGCACUCACUUUCAAAAGUGAAAAGGUUGAAUUCACAUGUGAGGGCUGUAAAGGCCUCCACGCCUCAAAGGUGGAGCAGUUCCACACACUGCCUCUUGUGCUGGUUCUGCAUCUGAAGAGGUUUGGAGGACCUGGGGGGUUGGAGAAGCUGGAGGCUCCUCUUUUGUUUCCUUCGGAGCUGAGGCUCUCCACCCUCUGUGGGGACAUGGUGCCACACCUGCACAGUGCCAGCCCACAGGCCCUCACCAGCCAGGCCCCCAGCAUCUAGGGGUCCAUCCCCCAGACCCUCGCCAGCCAAGUCUCCAGACCAUCUGGAGAGGCCAAAGACAGCGCCCUCUGCUGUUCAGAAGCCAGUGCAGUCAGUGAAUGGUUACUACCAGCUGACUGGCGUCGUCUCUCAUUUGGGAGGCUCCGCAAACUCCGGGCACUACAUUAGUGACAUAUUGCAUGCCAGUGGAAACUGGUUCUGCUGUAACGACAGCCAGGUGUCAAUGUCCAAUGAAGCCACUGUGCUGAGGACCAGAGCCCGGAGUGCCUACAUGCUCUUCUAUAUGUUCAGGGCAAGAGAGCGGGAGGCCCCAGCACACAGGGCCUAACAGGGCCACCAGCAUCAGCCCCAGCCUAAACAGGGGCAGCACCUGGACCAGCACUCAGACCUGUCUCAUCAGGGGUAGUAC